CGGCGCGGCGCGUGUGGUCUCCUGGCUCAUCGUGGUGCGACUGCGUUGCUGCCGGCGUGCGGGCGGGCGGGCAGGCAGGCAGGCGUCGGUGCCUCCACCACAGGCAAUCAGAGCCGGCCGGUCGGCCCUGAGCUACCGAGAGAUACCCGGCCGUCGGGCACCCAGGGAUACCCGAGCAAGCCCGACAGACACUGAGCGAAACCCGUCAGCAGGCCCCACAGGCACCGAGCGAACCUGGUCGGCGGUUCUGGAGCGCACCGGCAUCCGGCAAUGGACAUCAUAAAGAGCGGCUGGUUCACUGAGACCUCCACACUAUGGCCGGGCCAAGCCUUGUCGCUGGAAGUGGAAGAGAUCCUCUACCAUCAGAGAUCUUCUUUUCAGGACGUGGUUGUCUUCAAAAGCAAAAGCUAUGGUAAUGUGUUGGUGCUGGAUGGUGUGAUACAGUGCACCGAAAGGGAUGAGUUCGCGUACCAAGAAAUGAUUGCAAAUUUAACCUUGUGCAGCCAUCCUAAUCCGAAAAAGGUGCUUAUAAUUGGUGGUGGUGAUGGUGGAGUAUUGCGAGAAGUUGUGAAGCAUUCCACCGUGGAGUCUGUAGCACAGUGUGAAAUCGAUGAGGAUGUAAUAAAAGUUUCCAAACGAUACCUUCCUGGUAUGGCUGUGGGUUUCUCGAGCCCAAAGUUGAAACUCCAUGUUGGUGAUGGCUUUGAGUUCAUGAAGGAGAACCAGGAUGCAUUUGAUGUAAUUAUCACUGAUUCCUCAGAUCCAGUAGGUCCCGCUGAGAGUCUAUUUCAAGAAUCGUACUAUCGACUGAUGAAGAAUGCAUUGCGUGAAGGUGGAAUCCUUGGUGCGCAAGGUGAAUGUCAGUGGUUGCACCUUAAGCUCAUAAAGGAGAUGCAGAGGUUCUGCAAGUCUCUGUUUCCAGUGGUUGAAUAUGCAUAUAGCACAAUACCUACAUACCCCAGUGGGCAGAUUGGCUUCAUGCUGUGCAGUAAAAAUCCUGAGACAAAUUUUCGUGAACCAGUACGGCAGCUGUCAGCUGAUGAAGUGAAUAGGAUGCAAAUGAAAUAUUACAAUGCAGAAAUGCAUAGGGCUGCAUUUGUUCUUCCAGAGUUUGCCAGAAAGGCUCUUAGUGAUGCAUAAAAAUAACUCCAGUGCUCACUGUUAAUUACCAUCAAUACUGGAAAGUGCUUAAAAGUUUAUCAUCAAUUUAUAGUGCUGCAGUUACCUACCAUGCAGCAUAUUAACCCUUUCCUGUCUUCAGAGAGGGAAAACUAUGAUUUUUACUGCUUAGGAGGCACGGAAAUAGCAACACUUGAUAGAAGACUGAACUUCAGUAACUUUUACAAAGGAGAAGACUACCUGCCUUGUGAUUUCCAGAACACUGGGUGAUUUCUUGAAGAUUUGGUCAAUUGUACUAUGAACCUCCUGAACCUGUUGUCAACUGACUAAUCGGUAACCUGGAUUUGUACGUGCUUCACAUUACAGCAGAUUGCUGAAACUUUGGUCUGUGAUGGUUCUAGAUUGGAAAGGAUUAAAAUUUUAUCAAAAAAAAAACUAAAUAAAAAUCCAACUAUCUAAUGUUUAGAGCUUGGAAUUGUGUGAAAACUUUUGGCAUUAAGUGUGUGGGAACCGUGAAUCAUAUGAAAAUCCUGCUCAAUUUUGUCUUAACAGCAUGCUUAUUCUUUUAAAAUAUUUUGUCUCUUGUAGGAUUCACUACAGUUGUACUGAUUUAGCAACAGACAUUUGGCUAAUUAUGGAAUGGAUUGUCUUGAUUUUGACCCUCUUUUUUUAAAAUCUCCAUUUUCUUCCCCUUCACCUUAACCUCUCACUUUAUUUUGUCUCUCUUCUCACCCCUUCCUGCCCCACCCAACUGAGCCUUGAAUGCAUUUAAAUUAUUGUAAGGUAAAUUCAAACUGGCUUUCAUUUUUUCCUUGCAUGCAAACAUUUGUGAUGAAGCUCUUCUUUUCCAUUCCAGUUAAGCCUAUAACUUUGUAUGUUAUAAUGGGAUGGAUGAAGUUUAAUGUAUAUGCAGGAGCAUGUGUUUACUUCAUUAGAGGAACUCAUCUUUAGACUAAUUGAACUUGACAGGGAAAUAUUAAGAUGGCCAGGGAGGUGGUGGUGGUGGUGGAGGAAGACAUAAUUGAUAGCAACUCCAAAUAAUUCUCUAGGCCCAAUACAGUAACUUUGUGGUCAAAUUGAAACUUUUCAGAAGGAGCAAGUGAAUUUCAGCAUUUGAUGUGGAAGGCUAAGUACACCUUCUGGUAGUUUAAUUUAUUGGCCUAUCGGGCAAAGUUUCUUAAACAUUUAAAAUCUUGGACUAUUAAUUGCACACCCCCAUUUAGAGGGGAAAUCCCCAGGGAAUUAUUAUUAAAAUGAUUGUUUAUUCAAUGUUCACUUAACAGCUGCUAUUUUACCAGGGCUCUUCUAAUUAUUUUAAAGUGGGAUAAAUAUCUUUAGACCUCAUUAUCCCACAAUAUAAUUUGAAAGCAAUUUGUUUUCUAAAUGGAGACCUGCUGGUUUGGGCUCCUCCUCUGUAUUUGACCAUUUUGAUCUCACUCAAGAGAACAUCCUACAUAAUGUCAAUAAGUGCCCUGGGGUCAGCACCUUCAGACUAGCAUGGAAAAACUGCUCUCCUAUCUGAGAAGCACUCAAUAACUUAUCUAAGUUCAGAAGAAGUGGGUCAGGUCUCAUUAAGUACAAGCUCGAUUGCUUCAAGUAGAGCUGAUGUUUUUCUAUAUGAUGGUUUAUGGAAGUUCCAACUUCUCUUGGUCUCCAUUCAGGUGGUGAUGUAUAUUAGGUAAUUAUGUGUAAUAGGCAAUAAUGCUUUAUUUAAAAAAAAUAAUUUUUCUACCUCUCCAAAAAAAACUUGAUUUGGCCCAAGCACCAUGUGUUGUUCAUAAUUUUGAUAUUUCUUUAAAGGCAGAUUAUUGUGUGCUAAUUAUCAGACCAAUUAAUGAAAACUGGAAUGUGACCUCAAAAUCUAGGAGACAACUUCUGAAGUGCACCGAUUUUUAAUUUAUUUAAGACCUUUGUUUAAAGUAUCUUUAAUCUGGUUACCGUUACAUAGAAAAUAAUCCUGUCACGAAAAAAACUUGAAUAUUUUAGAAUUUAAUACUAUAAGAGGGGGGGGGGGGCUUUUCUCUAUUCAGACACUCAGUCUAUCUGAUAUUUUAAAUCAAACUAAUGUUUAAACUUGGAAAAACCAAUCCAUGCUUUUUAUUCUGUUUACAUUUCCACAAUCAAAUAUUGUACGUACUUUGAAGUUUUAUGCACCAGCUUGUAUAUAUAUAUAUCUGAAAUCUACAGUCAUUAAUAUAUAUUUGAAAUAAAGCAAUACUGAUACAUGGUGAAUCCCAUGAUGUGUCCCUCAGAGUCAAACAAUAUUUCCCCACUACUAUUUACUCUGUUUUGGUCAAUUUUCCAUCCACACUAUUUCAGCCUUCUAUUUCAUUGUGAUAGCAAGUCUUGUGUGGCACUUUAUUGAAUAACGUUUGCAAGUUCAUGCUGCACUUCAACCAGGUUUCCCUUAUCCAUUCUCUAUCUGCAGUUGUCUUACAAUUCUUUAAAGAAUUUCCCCAAAUUAUUUAUGUAUUUUCAGAGUGCUCCAAAAAUUGGUGGUUAAUGUAAGACCAUCUCUCAUUGAAGAAAUUGCUUAACUGAAUGGAAUACAAUGGCUGUAGCUUCAGUUUCAAGAAAUGGCGGAGAGAACUGGCUUUUGUUUUUUAAAAUAGGUUUGAGUAUUGAGGUUUCUUUGUAGCACUUACUAUUUAUGGACUCUAGUAAGUUUGAUUUUAGGUGCCUAUAAUUCUGUAAGACAGCAAUUGUGCAGGUCUUGUUGCUGAUGGCUUAUACUAAUGAACACAAGCUUGCACAUCCUGUUAGAAAUAGUUGCUUGGAAACCAUACAGUUGGUCAAAAAUACCACAAUGAAUGAGACUUGGAAUGCACUAGGGUCAAUUUCAAAGAAACUUCUUUGCAUCUACCUGUAUAUCUUGUCCAGGGAUGCGUAAUGCUGACGUCACAUGUCUGAAGUAGGAUAGAUGUCUUAAUACCCAAGCACCCUUCCAUCACCUUGAGCGCAAUUACCUUAAAAGAACCUAUAUGAAGUUUGAACUAUUGCAACACUGUAUGUAGUGCAUAAUCUCUGAUCAGUAAUAGCGUACUUGAAUGCCCCUUAGGUCAGUAAAUAUUUUAAUUGGACUGAAAAUUGUAAGUUUCUAACUCAGUGGAAAAUGAUGAAAGUAUGGGCAUUUCUAAAAAGCUGACUUUAUUGUAACGUAGGACUUGAGUAUAAACUGGUUAAUAAUACCAAAUACUGUUCAUGAUUCUUUGAUCAAGAUUUAUUAUCUGUUUGGUACUUAAUGUAUGACAGUGCCUUGCUUAAUAUUAUUCACUGCUGUAGUUUUCAUUGCCUUUAAUUUUUUUUCCCUGUCCCACCUAGUUGAUGAUGGUUCUUCUUCAUAGGUCUUGAAAUGUAAUUAAAAUGACAGCUCUUAUUUUUUCCUUCAGAGUCUUGGGGUAAUGCUGGGAGGAGUCCUGUGAAUGUGAAAAUGUUAUGAAAAUGAAUAUGAAUCAGUCUAUGCAUGUUGAGGGGGAAAAUGUCAGAGUAACAUUUCACUGAAGUCUCUGGAAUCUCAUCUGUUUCAUUACAGUCUCCAAUAAAAUG